CUCAGAGACCCGCAGAGAGGAGACGAGCCGCGGCUCCGCUCCGCGAUGGCUGCGCUCGGUUCCGCUGGAUCCUGAUUCCCGUCCAGAAGGUUGAACUCCGUCUGCCUGCCGCCAAAUGCCGAUCUGCUGAGAACAGGAUUAAACCAGGAACCCUCCUAAAGUAGGUGUGAGCUGCCGGCUGGCAUCAUGGGGAACCAGCUGACGGAGAUCGCCCCCAACACGCCGUUCCUGCCCAACUUCCAGGCGCUGCACGUGGUGGUGAUCGGCCUGGACUCGGCCGGGAAGACCUCCCUGCUCUACCGGCUCAAGCUCAAGGAGUUUGUGAAGACCAUCCCCACCAAAGGCUUCAACACGGAGAAGAUCAAGGUGGCCGUCGGGGCGUCCCGCGCCAUCAACUUCCAGGUGUGGGACGUCGGCGGCCAGGAGAAGCUGCGGCCGCUCUGGAAGUCGUACACCCGGCGCACGGACGGCAUGGUGUUCGUGGUGGACUCCACCGAGCUGGAGCGCAUGGAGGAGGCCAAGGUGGAGCUGCACAAGAUCACCAGGACGUCGGAGAACCAGGGCGUGCCGGUGCUGAUCCUGGCCAACAAGCAGGACCUGGACUCGGCGCUGUCGGUGGCCGAGGUGGAGAAGCUGCUGUCGGUGCACGAACUGAGCAUGUUCACGCUGUUCCACGUGCAGAGCUGCAGCGCCGUGGACGGCCAGGGGCUGCAGCCGGGCCUGGAGAAGCUCUACGAGAUGAUCCUCAAGAGGAAGAAGAUGGUGAAGCACAACCGCAGCAGGAAGAGAUGAACUUCCUGCCACCAGCUCAGUGGUGCUUUUUAAACGGGGGCGGCGACUCGUGCCAACAGAACCACAUUUGGACUCGGCCUCGGGCUCGGCAGAUCUGACGCAGCGUGGACGCUUUUUGUCGUGCAGCUGAUCUUUCCAGACUGUCAGGGACCCGUGAUAGCAGCCGUAGUCUCCACCCGACGCUUUUCUACACAGAAGAUUUGCCUGCUAACGUACGAGCACAGUUUGAUCCAGGCGGAGACGGUUCCUCGUGUUCCUUCACUGGUUCUGCUCCACGACGUUCCACCAACGUAUUUAUUCAGCGUUUAUGUGUUUGUUCUGGACUGAGCAGCUUUUUUGUUUUUUGUUUUUUUUAUGAGAAACGGAGGCGGUGACGGAGCACCAGUGAUGUUUAGUCUGAUCCUAAGUGCACUCCCUUCAUAGACACAGAUGUUAACGCUCACCUAGUUUAAUAUGAUGAUAGUAAUAAUAAUAAUAAUAAUAGUGUUUAUACAGAUUGUACUUUUUCUUUUUUUGCAAACUGAAGACUUAAUAAAUCGACUGCACUGUA